AUGGAAGCAGAAAGUUUUCAAUAUUCUGUUAUUAAUCCUCAGUUAGCUGCAUACAAUGACUCCCCCGAGUAUCAGCAUUAUAUAAGGACAAUGGGAAAUCCGAAUUUGAAAAUGGCUUUGGAUUCUCAAGCAAAAAAAGCUUACGAAAAUCAAAUUAAAAUAGAUCAAGGUGCAUGCUCCUCUCGUGCAACACCGUAUGUGGAUGCAUAUCGUUCAAUUAAAAAUAUCGAAGAAAUUGGAACAUCUAGUAUGAUUUUUCAAUAUUGUUUAGCUUUACGAUCAUCAGAAACCCUUGACAAUGAGAUCAAAAAAGAAGAGCAACUUAAUGAACAGCUUCAAAAAGAAUACGAAGAACUAAUUAAAUCCUGUAAGUUGAAUAAUAUCCCAAUUGAUUAA